AUGAGCACUUAUCCCCAGAUCCCCGCGCCUGCCCAUACGCAAGCCGAAUCAAUGUUGUCUCGAUGCUUUGGAAGGGAGACUGUGAACUACUUCUCCAGCUCCCCGCUGAACCGGUUGUCCUUCUUGCGAACGGAACAUUCGUUUCUCUCAGCUGCUCUCAAGCACCCCUCCGCUCGUUUUGUUCUGUUGAACAGCCUUGCGCCAUUGACCAAGACGCCCUCUGAGUUAUACCUUGCUCCGUAUACCGAAGUGCGCAAACUGGUGCCCGAGGAUCUCUUUGACCAAUCCGAGGAGGAGACGAUCAAGAACUUCGACUCCCGCCAGACGAGUCCGCUUGUCAUUUUCCUUGGUAUGGAUGAGAGCCGGAAGGCUGACAGUCUGACCUGGAAGACAUACUCGGGGACACCGUACUUUGCCGUGGAUGUGACCCCCAAGGGGUCCGAGGAGCAGCAGACCAACGCAAAAGAUGUCAUAAGCGCCUUGGAAGCAAAGGGAUUGAGCUUCCUCCAAACAAGGGUGGUCAUGAGUCUUUCUGCCAAUGAAGCUGCCAUUUACGCACAAGCCCGCGCGCUCGCUGACUGGAACACCCGGAACAGUUUCUGUGGUACCUGCGGUAGCCCUACUCUGUCUGUGAACUCCGGGACCAAGCGUGCCUGCCCAUCAACAGAUGCUGCUCUUGCAGCUCAGGGGAAGUCACCAGAGAAGCCAGCUUGCAACACACGUACCACCAUAUCGAACCUCUCAUUCCCGCGUACUGACCCAACCAUCAUCGUCGCUGUCCUUUCGGCCGACGGUAAGCGGGUCCUGCUUGGUCGCUCCAAGCGUUUCCCACCCAACUGGUACUCGACGUUGGCCGGUUUCAUCGAACCCGCAGAGUCGAUCGAGGAUGCUGUUCGGAGAGAAGUGUGGGAAGAAGCGGGUGUUCAGCUUUCGCGCGUUGUCAUCCAUUCGUCGCAGCCAUGGCCUUACCCGGCUAAUUUGAUGAUCGGCGCAGUUGCACAAGUCAGUGACCCAGCUCACGAAAAAAUCUGCUUGGAGCACGACCCUGAGCUUGAAGAUGCACGAUGGUUUGAUGUUGAGGAGGUCGAGGAGGCCUUGAGAGUAGGAACAAGUCCUUUAGGUGCGGAGCCUGGGCCUGGGUAUAAAGAAGGUGGCCUGCGACUGCCACCCCCGACAGCCAUCGCUAACCAAUUGAUUAAAACAGCCGUUAGGGCUGAUUACCUCGUGCCAAACAACGCCAGAAUUUAG